GAAAAAAAAAAUUGACAUUUGACACUGGCUCGCUGACUGACACUUUCAUAGAAGGAAAACGAAGGAAACGUGUAAAAUUACCAUCAAAGAAAUCGUCCUUAAAAUUACCCUCCAGCCAGGGUUUGGUCUGUGGUGUAAAACGAACGAACAUGAUGUACCGUAUGAAGAACAUCAUCGCCUUCGAUGAUGAAAUUACUUUACCGAAGUGCAUGUACUAUAUAAAAAAUCUAAACGAAAUACUGAAUGCAGAUGAUAUCAAUAUAAGCAACCAGGUUAUCAAAUUUCUUAAGGGCCCAAAUAAGAAGAUGGCAGAACUGGAACAAAGACAAGACCAGCUCCUGAAGAAACUUGAUGCUUUAUAUGAUAGAAUAAAAACAAUCAGUUCAUAUUGUAGUGACAGUACUCCACAAGUCAGUAAAGCUAAGGAAGUGAAACAAGCUAUAUCAACACCUGAUGAAAUAGUAGUAGCACUCAAUCCAGAUAACUUACCUUGGUUUAUCAAUUUGUUUUUGAAAGAAUCUUCGCUGACAGUUAAUAUUACAUGGCACAUCCAUUCUUCUGUACCCAAGGAGAAGCUACCUAAAAUUAAUGCUUUUGCCAAGAAACUGAAGAACAGUAACCAAGGGGGAAAAGUUAAUGUGAGGCUGAUAUUUAAAAGUGGUUCAGCCGAUGCAGAAUUAAAACUAUCAUCGUUGUCUGUCCCCAUUGUGGGCAAUGUCAACAUCCUGCGAUACCUGGCUUAUGUGUAUCCAAAUGUUCUGCCAUACAAUGGUGAUGACUACUAUGUUGAUAGUCUCUUAGACCUAUGUCAUCAACUGGAAAAAGCACCUGAGAAAAAGAGAGAAGCUAUUAUAAAAAAGCUAUUUUCCCAGCAAAAGGAAUGGAUUAACGAAAAUGGAUUUUCUAUUGUGGAUGUAGCUGCUUACAAUGUAGUUAAACAAUGGCAAAACAGCAGUAAAUAUGUUCCCAAAAACUGGUUUGAGAAGUGUGAAAAAAAGUUGUCAUAAUGCUUUAUUAUUAAAUAUAUGGUAAUUUACUCCCAAA